AACAAGAGUUCUAUUUUAAUUUAAAUUUCUGGUUCAAAUCAUAGUCUUCAUAUUUGCAAAGAUUUCACUCAAAGUCGUAUGAUUAUUCAGGUGAUGUUUCGUUGAAUCAUGAAAAUCAUUAUGGUAUGGGUGGGGGUAACAGAAUUAUCAUAACACCACAAAUUACUACGGAAGUGUAUAAUAAAAGCCCCGCUGGUUCAUUCUCGCCAAUAUCACACAACGAUCUAUAUAUUACGCUGCUUGAAGUCGCAAUCGAUGAUGUUGCGUCAAUAUUUUUGCAGCCGUACGACAUCAGGUUGGUCCAACGUUCUACAUAUGUUCUCCAACCCCAGAUAAUACAACAUUUGCCGGCCAUGAGACUGAUGCACGGCACCAGUAAUGGCAAUUCAUGUCUUUUUCCGAUGAUUAUCGCGUAAAGGCAAACAAUAUGGUACUGCUAAAGGUCUUCUCUGGCGACAACAAGUUUGUCUAGUUUCUCCCGAGUGUGCGUCUCACCAGGGACAUUGCGGUGGUUCUGUACUUAUAGUGCAUGUUGUACGCAGUAUGGUUUCUCUUUUGCAGUCAUACUAAUUAGCAGAGCCUUGACAUGCUUCAAAUUUGGCCACCAGACUGACCCAAAAAUUGGUGCGGUAGUAUCAGAAUGACGCUGUGCUGAGCGCCCGCGGGCCUGGGAACCGGUAGCUCCAGCGGGUAGUUGCUAUCUCGUAUGUGUGCAAGUUAGUAUCGUGGGGUGACUAUAAUUAAGUGAAUACUCUGUCUAAGAAAGAUGUGUCUUUAACAGGAUGUCUGACUUUCUAUAAUCCAUAUCUUCAACAACAUAGAUUGAAUUCCAUGGCUAUUUCCAGCUAUGUGGGCCAUGAGCGAUUUCUUACCUUUUCUGUCACCUAUCGCAUUAUUAUCUACAGUCACAAGCAUAAUAUAUCGGCAAAAGCUGUUUCACAAAAGCGAGACAAAUUCCAUUAUG